AUGGCACGCGGGGCUCUCGGUGUCACGUGCCUCGAAUGCGGUUGUCUGAAUUUCAGCUCAACGCACGAAAAAUGCGAUCAAUGUCGCUCAAAAGUGGUGACAUUUCGACCGACAGUUCGGCGCCUAUCAUCUAGUAGCGGCAUCAUCAAUGACCAGAACCGAAAAUCUCCAGUUACGCGAGUGACUUCACCAAGUAAAAAGAGGAGGUACAAUCAGAUAAAGCACGACUCAAGAAAGGAAAGUGUGGUCAAGAGUACACAGGAAAAGAAAAAAAAUGUGAAAGUCGCUAUUAAGCUGCCGGAUGUGAUUGAUCUUAUCUCGGAUGACGAGAUUGAUGAUAACAAGGUGCACCAGGUCGCUGAUAACAAGGUGCACCAGGUCGCUGAAGUGAGUGUCAAGAUAGUGAAACAAGAUAAAAAAGAGCAAAAAGCUGAUGACACAGAGGAUACUCAACUAAUUGAAAGUCGUGUGUUUCCAAUUGUGACGUUUGUGGAGCAUGACUUUCCGUCCGUGGGAGAAGGAAUGCAAAUGAGAAAAAAAACGAUCAAACAAACACCUUCGCUUAUGACUUUAAUGGAUCAAAAAGUUAGAACGACCAUUGGACAAGAAAAGGUUUCAAAGUCAAUUUUGCGCUCAAGUGUCGCAGAGUCUCGAUUGUCGAAUGUAACUGGAGAUCAGAAAUCAAUUGAGUCGAGGCAUUCACCAAUGAUUUUGGAUGUACAAAAUGUGGAAGCAAAGGUACAGACACUAGGAUUGACUGCCACUGCGUUAAAUUAUGAUGGUAGAAACAAUAAUGGAACAAAUUUUUUGUUAAGAGACAGCAAUUUGAAGCUCGCUACCAAUGUUGCGUCCACUAGUGCAAAAGAUAAAGAAACAGACCACACUGACUUAAGCAAAUUGGAUCUUUUCUUUCAAUCACGAGUAUUUGACACUGUUGAAUUCAAGGUCUCGGACUUUCGUACGGUAUUUCAUGGCUUGGCUUUAGCUAGGCGAAGUCAUCCAAAGCCGCCAUCAUCAGACGUUUCUUUGUCAAGACAUGUGAAGCCAGCAGCAUGUUCAACCGUGAAUUCUGUGAUAGUUGAGGCAGAAGCAAUGACGAAUGAUGUAGAAGUGCCAUUUACAGAAUCAUCAAUUCCAUCGAUUUCCACCGCAAACGGGGAUUCGAUCGCAGCAAGCGUAGAAAAUCCGGCAUCAAAGAUUUUUACACCAACGGCAGAAACCGCAACAAACACAUUGGCAUCAGCCUGUCAUGCAACAACAUUAGAGCUGUUUUCUACGGCAGUGCAGUCUCUAUCUGCAACGAUAUCUUCAGAACCAGAAGCAGCGAUUGUGCCACUACAACCUUUUAAGGCUUCGAACACUCAGUCUCCACCUGACACAUCAACGCUACUGACACCCCUAAAAAAGACAUUAUCACCCAAUAUUGCAUCAUCACCGAAGCAAACGAGCUCGCCUCCCGGCAUGACAAAGUCUGCUGAAUUGGCGCAAAACGAAGUCUCUGCAUCGGUGCCUCCCAAAUCGGUCCUGCCAACAAAUGAACUGACGACAAAAACAGGGUCUCGACCAGUCAGAUCUGUAGGUAUUAAUUUUAUUUCUUCAUCUGAUGCUCGAAAAGAUUCAUCUGGAUCUCAAACAAAAGCAAACCCGAGUUUAAUUAUAGCCAAGAGGAGGCGAAUUGGUGACGAACAGCAGCGCAGAGUUGCAGAAAAUCGAACAUCACAAAUCUCAUCCAUUGAGGCGAAAACAUUAGGUGACACAAAUAGUGUAUCUGAAUCUCAUAGAGCAGCAAACCCAACUGUCCUGGUUGCUAAGAAAAGGCGCGUUGCAAACGUUUUGCAGCAAAGAGGUUUCGAGAAACAACUUUUACAAUUUCCAGUUUCAAAAACGUUAGCUGAACCUGACAGUAUUGGAGUUGUCAAGGACCAUGCAUCAGCUCUUAAAACUCUGCCAGUGGAGCCUCCUGUGCUAGGAUAUUGCCGUCCAGAAUUUCUGGCUUUCAUGCGUGUGUGUGGAGAUGUUGGCGCAGAUGAAGAGGUAAAUUUUGAAAAAUCGAGUCGUUCCCAGCUCCGACUCCUGGACGUGGUGGAUCUUACGCAUUUAAGUGAUUCUGAUGAUAGCGAUGAGCUGCCAAAUCAUCGUCAUGAAAUCAAUUCGAACAGUCUUUUGAACAUUGACGAUGCUAUAAAUCUUACGUCAAAUGGAAGCGUGUCUGACUCAAAGAAGUCGUACGUCCCGGCUAUUGAGAGCGAGCGAAAGAGGACACAACCUGAAAGGGCCAUUUGUGAAUUGUGCGAAGAAAAGGUAGCGCGAUAUCGAUUGAUACAGUGUCCGAAGUGUACAAAAUUCUACCAUUUAAAGUGCGCGAAAGACAAUGGCGAUGAAAAUGUUUGCUGGAAUUGUGAACUUGGAUCUUUGAUCGACGACAGCGAGCUAGAUGAAGAGCAUGCAAAGCAUACGAGUGAGUAUUUAACGUAUUUAAAGGCCCUACGUAAUCAGUCGCCUCCAGGCACGGAGGACGAAAGUGAUGAUGAUAGUGAACAAGGCGAAGAUGAUAUUAACGUCGCAAAUAUUUCUGAGGAAGAAAAGGUUAGUACUGUGGCGGACGGAAAUAAUGCAAAAACAGCCGGCAAAAUUUGGAUGGAGUUUCUGGGGGACGUGACAGCUGACGUGGAUGCUUCGUUUCAUGAAAUUACGAAUCGUAUUGCAGAAGAACUUCGUGAUAAAGAUAAAAAAAGCUUGUACUCGCGAGGCUUUGUGUCGCGAGAGGAGUUUGAGGCACAGAUGAAUGAAGUAGAAAACUACUAUAUCGGUGAAGAGGCGCGAUUGCAGCAGUUGGAACGAGAAAAAGCUCUUGAAGCGAAAAAAGUCAUAGAAGCGAGAAUUGUGCAAGCAGAGGUGGAAUUGGCUAAUGGAGGGCAGCAACUUGCUAUAACUGAGAAUAUUGAUAGCAACGCACCUACCGUACCAGCGGCGGGUGACCAAAAUGGUUCAAAUACAAAUAUGAUACCUCUGCCCGGUAAUGAUGUGAUUAACUUCACGUCUGCACCAUCUACCGCUAGUUUUUCGGUCCUAUCACAAGCCGUAGUUCCAACAGCAAGUCCUGCAUCUGCUCCUGCAGUUUCUACUGUACCCACAAGCGUCCCUACUGUCCCAACUGUCCCAACUGUAGCUCAACCAGCUACAUGUAAGAUAUCAAGCACGAGAUUAGCACCUCCAAUAUCAACACCGUAG